AUGGACCAGCCAGUUCGGGAGUUCAUAAGUGCUUGUCCUGUACCAGUAGCAGUAGCAGCCGAUUGUGGAUCUGGCCCAGGGCCGGGCCGAUCGCCUGGUCAUGGGCCAAGCCCUGGACCUAGUGGUCUUCAACCUCCAUCUGCUUCUCCUGUUGGAAAUUCUACCACGAAUAGGAUUCUCUCAAGAAAUACUAAUGGUACAAUAGCUAUGACGUCACAACCUACAAACGAAUCUGAGCUUCAAUUGUAUAGAGUGCUUCAACGGGCCAAUCUUUUAUCCUAUUACGACACGUUUAUUUGUCAAGGUGGAGACGACGUGCAGCAACUUUGUGAAGCGGGUGAGGAAGAAUUUUUGGAGAUAAUGGCUCUGGUGGGGAUGGCCAGCAAACCGCUCCACGUUCGGAGGUUGCAGAAAGCUCUUCAAGAGUGGGUCAACAAUCCAGCUAUGUUUCAGACACCACUUUUACCUACUGUUCCUCAAAGUCAUUCUCCUUAUCCAGUCAGUCCAGGACCACCUGUAGUCAGGCCUGCGCCAUUGAAUCUCUCUCAACCGUCUCCAGUAACCUCAAUGCAGCCCAGUCCACCGAUGCCUAUUUUGAGCAACAGCAAUAGUCAAUCCUCGCCUUCUCCUGGUGCUAAAGAUGCCUCGUCGCCUCAACCAUCAUCUGCUCUAACAUUUCAACAGGCAUUAGGAGAAUACCCUCAAGCACCUGGUUCUCCAACAUCACUAACGCCGGUCCUUGUCGACAGCCAAAUACAAAGGUUAGCUGAAGCAGCUGAUCUCUUGGUUAAAACCUUACCUCCUUUCGACCCGAAGCCACAGAAUAACAAGAAAAAAAUCUGCAAAGACUUAGAGUAUGUGAUGAACAUGCCCGAAGACGAUCCACGAAGGAUGGACGAGAUCCGCAAGUACGCAGCUAUCUAUGGAAGAUUCGACUGCAAGAGGAAGCCAGAAAAGCCUCUAACAUUGCAUGAGGUAUCCGUGAAUGAAGCAGCCGCUCAAAUCUGCAAGCACAUUCCUGCUUUAUUGACCAGGCGAGAUGAACUGUUUCCUCUAGCUAGGCAGGUAGUACGUGAUAGUGGCUACCAGUAUUCUAAAGGACAUUCAAGGUCGCAAUGUUAUACUAAGAACUUUGACGAAGAAUCUUGUAAGAGGCUGAGAUUCGACGGAAGUCCAGGAACCAUGCCAGAUCCCAAUCACAUGGAGGAAGAAAGAAAAAGGCGGCAGGACAGGCUUGAAGUAGUUACGGAACAGAUCAAAAUGUUGGCUGGCCAACAGCACGAUUUGAAAACGGGCCUACAACAGUCGCGCGACACUCACAAUGCUGUAGUGGUUAACCAAAUUCAAACACAACUAGACCACUUAGCGACGCAGCAUUACCAGCUUGUCAACGAACAAAGUGAAUUGAGUAGGCAGUUGCGAAGGUUCGACAGGUACUUUUCGGAAUGCAGGUAUGGGCUACGCUCCUCUUGUUCUGAAAACGACAAAAUUGACACAGAUGACACUGAUUCUCAGUUCUCUGUGUACAGCUAUGAAUCUUCUGCCAGUACUGGACAUGAUGCUAACGAAUCACCGUCGCACGAUUCCAAUAUGUCCGUUCAGACCAAUGACGGAUAUGGUGGUGUAAAAAAUGCGCAAGGCAAAAAAUCGAACUCUCACAUUACAAAACAAUUAGUUCAAGAAACCCUUAUGGAUGAAGGACUCAGAGUUGUGAAAGAAUUAGCAAAUCAAAUUAAAGACGAAGCGGACAUGAACAAUCACGUGUCUGUUCCGAAGCCAGAAGGUAGACCUAGGGGCCGUCCACCAAGACUGGAAAGGGACUAUAUGUUAACCACAGCAGGCUCAACCACGCCUAAACAUUAUACGGACAUGAACACGGGUAAUUCACGAAACGCAACUACGCCGGUGACGCCCCUUCAAAAUGGACACAGUCCGACAUCAGUCGGUGUGCCUUCUGACAAUGAGAGUGCUUACUGCCACAACGGACUAAUAAUGAACCUAAGAUCAGGUCACAUACCAGAUAGGAACAAUAUUACAAUGAACAAUACAGAAAAUAAUCAUACGAUAGUAGAAAUGCAGGAUGAUGUUGUUAGUAAUGAAUCCGAAAGCAGUCUCAAAGCCCUACUUGCCUUCUCUCAAAAAGGAAUUAAACAAGAACCAUCAUCACCAAACAGUUUGAAAAUGGACUGAUUGAUAUUUUUGUUAGAUAAGCUGAAGUAUGUGAUAUUUUCUGUAUUAUCAUUGCACCUGCCAUUUUCAUUUGAGGCACAGAACUCGAGUUGUCGUCGUUUGUCAGAGAGCUAAGCGUUAGCGUCACUUUUAAGAACACAUGUAUUAUGAACCUCGACUGUACUUUAGCGUUGAAACAAUGGCAAAUGGUAUAGUGUCGGAUGAUCGGAGAACCCUUUCAAUGAUGAAUACAGUGAGCAGUUUACUGCUGGUGUGCAAUAUGUAAGUUAUGUACAGGCAAUAGUGGUAAAACCACAUUUAUUGGUAUGUCCCCUGCCCAUCAGUCUGUUGUAUAACUGCAACAAGAUUGAAAAUGUCUGUGAUUUUUUUUGUUAUCCAUUAGCUGUGAUGAACAACUGCAGUGUGAGGCCAGUAUGUCACAGCUAUUAAAAGAAAUAAUCUCUUAUGAUUCAUUUGAAGUAUGAUGACUUCCAUAUAACUUACAAACCAAUUCAUCCUUACAUUAUUGCAAGGUAGAAUUAAGUAUAGAUGUUCAUUUCAUCAAAUGCUAAUAGAUCUCACAUUUGGAAAUCAGUUACAAAUGUUUUUAUAACGUUUUAAAAAGACAACAGUCUCCUUUUUAAUCGAUUUAAACUAGAAGUUGAAAAGCAGUCGGAAAACGAAGAAAAUUUUUGCUAUUGUUUUUUUUUUUUUUUCAUAUAUAGUUAGAUUUACAUGCAGUGUAUUAAAUACUUUGAACAACAAAAGUUUAACGCGGAAACUCCUAAAUAUAAACCAUAAAAGUAUAAUAAACUAUAUUUUAGUAAUAAUUUUAUCCUACACUUGUAGUUAUUAUUACUUAUUUAUUAUUAAAACUUAAGUAUUUUGAAUUUUAAAAAAUUGUGCAAGAAACACCUUUAUAAAAGGAAUUUGUUCAAAUUCAGGUAGGAAAAAUUUACCUUUUCUUUUCGACUUAAAAAUUUGUGAACAUGUUAAGUGCCACGUCAUUGAUCGGUGACUGACAGUUAAAUUUCUAUACAGGCUGUGUCAGUCAUCGGUGACUGAACUUUCCGUUCAAACUGCAUUUUUACUCGGUGACUGACAGCAUGCAAUUUGAUAUGAAACUAAAAAAAUUCACUCUUAGUAACUCAAAAUGGUAUCAUUAAUGCACUUAAAUAUUAUUUAUCAAAAUUUGAAUGGAAUUUGUUGAGCUUUUGUAAACACAAAAAUGGUAAUCUUUCAAUACCUAAGAACUAUGCGCGUGGCCUGAUAGAGAAUUCCUCAUUGUACUUGGCAUUUAACGUGUUCAAGUUAAAAGGGCGAUAAGUUGUAGUCGAUUACCAAGGAGUCGAUUGUAAAUGAAAAAAAAAAUCUUACUGGGCUGUUUUGUGGUGCUGUCACUGGAAUAUUUCCCACUAUAUUCACAUCAGCUAAUGUCACAGAUGUUAUUAAUUGUAAAUUGAUAUUUUUAAAGAUUUUAAAUUGAGUGGUUUUUGUUACUUUGUCUUUGUGUCAUUUUAAAUAAAAAAAUGUUUUUUUUUUAAAUUGAGCUGCGCCAUGUGGACACAUGUAAAUUAAGUAGCAUUUUUUACUAGUCAAAAGAGAUACGCAUA